GAUGCUCCGGAGUUCGCCAGCCUGGCUUCCUGCCGGCUGGACUUUACAGUCCAGAGUGCAAAAGACUGGUCGGAAAAUCACGCAUGUGGGGAAUGAGGGCUUAGUGGGAGAAAGGAGGGGUUUUACGUUAACGAGCCUGGUGUCCUGAGGCAGAAAGGCAAGCAAUUUUGGUUUAUUUUAGUUAUUUAAACAUUUAGCUAUGGGUUGCAUGGAUGGAUUUGCAAAUUUAUCUAACCAAGAAGGUUGGUUUGUGGAAUUAAAAACCCAUAAAAGUGGUGCAAGUUCUGGAAGACAGUUCAAGCCAUUGUCAGCAGCCAAAAGGGACUCACUUGAAAAUGGGACGGAGAAGAUCCACAAUGCAAAAGCUAAUAAUUCAGGAAAAUCUUGGAAGAAGAAAGAGCUUAAAUUGCCUCAGAGAUCUUCAAAACGACUUGCUGGGCUAGAACCUGAGCUGGUCACCCAUGAAGUGGCUCUUCAGACCCUAAGUACAAAGCAUUGCAAAAUUAAAGCUAAUACUGACAAAGUUUUGGUGGACAACACAACCCACUAUCUUAAAAUUGACCAUAGAAUGGGGAUCUCCAAUCAAGCUUCUGCUGUUGUGACCACCCAAUGAUAUGGAGAGCCAAUAAGUACGAGCAAAAUGCUUCCUUGUGAGAAAGCUGUUCUGCAAGGGAAACCAGAAAUGAUUGAAACUAAGAAGAUUCAUGAUGAUACAUCAGCUGUACAGUCUCUCUUUUCAUCAGAACCAUGUCUAAAAUUUGUGACCAAGAAGACUCAUACAAGUACAGUACCUGUCAAGGAAGCUGCUAAUAAUGAGAUUGUUUGCACCAUAACUGCAAAUAUCCUGCAAGAGAAGAAUCUACAUGAAACAAGCAUGGGAAGUCGUGGCAAUAAAAAGACUUCAAUAAAGAAGAAGAAAGAGUUCAACAUACCAUGCCGAUCAUCAAAACGACUUGCUGGGCUUGGCCCUGAGCUGGUGGUGAAUUCAUCCUCCAGUGAACAACCUCUUGAACCUACAACAACUAUAGAUUCUUGUUACAAAGGAGUCACUCAAGAUGUAGGUUUAGCAUCAGAGAAUUUGGCAGAUGGAGCAUGUAAACCGCUUGAUGCUGGGCCAAUAACAGGGCACAGAUGUGACUCUUCAAAUACAACCUCUGUAUCAUGUUCAAACAAGAGCAAAGAACCUCUUCAAGACCAAAUUUUUCUUGCUGACAAAUGCCAAAUGCUGGUAACUGAGAAAAUGCUCAAUGAGAAGUCAAAUCUACAGUUCUCAUUCCCCUUUACAUAUUCUUGGUCAGACCCCUGCCUAGAAUUUGCAAGAAAGACUCUUACUGGUGCAAUACCACUGGAGGACGCAGUCAAUAAUGAGCUUGUUUCUGCUCCAGCCGUGAACAUCAUGCAAGAAAAUAAUAUAGGUAAAACAGUCAUGCAAAGUGACAGCACUGAGAAAACUGUGCUAAACUCAAGCAAGUCAAAGAAGAGGAAGAAUAAUAAAGAACUCAACUUGCCUCGAUGAUCCUCAAAACGACUUGCUGCGCCUGCACUUAAAAAGUCUGUGGAUUCACGUUCCAGUAAACAAGUUAUUGCAACUGCAGCAAGUAAUUAUUGCAAUAAAGAAUCCAUUCAAGUUGCAGGUUUAACUUCAGAAAAUUUGGCCAAUGGAUCUUCUCAACAGAAUGAUCCUGAGGCAAUAACAGGGCUCAGACAUGGCUCUAUGCAUACAGCCACUGCAUUGCACAAAGAGUUAUCAACAAAGAGCAGAGAGCCUCAUCAACAUCAAACUGUUUAUGCAGACCAAUGCCAUAAGCUGGACAAUGAUAAAAUGUCAAGUGAGAAGUCAGAGCCAGAAAUCAGAUUUCCUUUUGUCAAUUCUUGGAUUGACACAUGCCUGGAAUUUGCAGUCAAGACUCUUACUGCUUCAAUACCAUUGGAGGAUGCUGCCAUUGAUGGGCUUGUUUCUCCUCCAGCUACUAAUAUCCUGCUAGAAAAGAAUCUAGGUGAAGCUAUUAAUGGAAGUUCCAGACUGGUAAAAACUUCAUCAGACUCUAACUAGUCAAAGACAAAGAAGAAAGAGCUCAACUUGCCCUGUCAAUCUUCAAGACAACUUUCCAGGCUUGCAACCCAGCUGGUGGUGAAUUCAUUGUCCCCUGGACAGACCUUUACGGUUGAAGGAAGAAAUUCUUUUGGUGAAGAAGUCUUUCAGAAUGCAGGUUUAGUUUCAGAGAAAUUAGUGGUUGGAGCAUGUCAACAGCUUCAGACU